AAAGUUGAGUGAUUUUUUUUUCAGUCGAGUUUUUGCCACCGAACUGAACGGUUUUUCUUCUUCUCGGCCGUCGCUUUUGUGUUUUUCGUUGUGAUUUGUUCUUCGCGUACGCGCGACAUGUAAACAACGCGAAGCGAAACGAAACUCAUACUAAAAACCGAAAUUAGCGUGCUAGAAAUAACGAAUCCUUUCCUACCUCCCCUUUAUCGUUGAUUGACACGAAUACAGGCGCCAAAAUUAAGUCGCGCCAAAUUCUUCUUUAAAAAAAAUAUAAAAAAGCGGGGCAGCACAAGUGCAAAAUCGCACACUCACACGACCACUCGCUUGUGUUGGUGUGUGUAUAUUUUUGGCGUGCGCGGCCAUUUUUUUCCUAAGCACUCGCUAUUUGCAUGUGUGUGUGCGCGUUAAGUGUACUCGAAAUUCGAAAGAGGAGAAACCGUAAAAUAGAGCAAAAGACAACAUUUAUAAUAAUAGAAGUUAUCUCGAUGUUUAAGUACAAAUGCGCGUAAAACGCUGUAUGUCAACAAACCAUCCACGCACAACCCACAAAAGUGAAAACAGAAAGCUAAAAAACAAAAGGUGUACAAAAAGUAGAACAGGAGUUAAAACGACGAUCCCCCGUAAGCUCCUCCUCCAAUAGGUCUCGCAGAACACGUGCUUUUGCUUUUAUGACCAAAAUAUCAACAAAGUCGCACACACAGAAGCAAGGAAAAACAUAAGAGCACAACAACAACAGCAAGCUUUAUUUCCAAUUGCACAAAAAGGGCAAAAAGUUGUGUAAGCCGUACUGCGGGGCCAAGUGUCAAUUUCAUUUUGGCCGCGAACGUUGCACGAUUCAGUCCCGUUGCCCGCUACCCCAUUGAGAGCAAGGCCCCAACCUGGACGCACGGACAAUUACUUAUCGACCGCUGAACCUUGGCGGGCAGCCGCUUAUGGCCGAGCUGCCGACAACGCCGAACGGCGCUGCCAUUGGCGCUGGUGGCGAUUAUCUGCAUCGCUCCAUCGAUCAACUGCGCACCCUCAGUCAUUUGACCCAGGCGGAUCUGCGUACCGCUCAGCUGGUCCAUGAUUAUAAGCCCUUUAACAUCAGCGAGUUUCGUCAGAACGUUGAGCGUUUGGACUACUCCCUGAAAAAUGGUCUUGUGCAGCACCAGCAGAUACUUGUCGAGCAACAACAACAACAGCAGCAGCAUCAACAGUCUCAUCAACAUGAUCCCGACCAACAGCAACAGCAGCAGCAGCAACAACAACAGCAGCAGCAGCAGCAGUUGCAUCAUCAGCCGCAGCUAAAGGUCAGCUACAGUGCGCCCAGUUCGCCGCAGACUCCUACACAGCUAAGUGAGCAGCAGGAGCAAAAGUAUGAUGUCAGCCGUUCACCAUCGCGGCAGCAGGGUAGCAAUGGCAGUAAUGGCUCCUCGCCGGAGGAUCAGCGGCAGGGCGAGCAGACGAAGCCGUACAAAUGCGGAUCGUGCAGUAAAUCCUUUGCCAACUCAUCGUAUCUGUCGCAGCAUACGCGCAUCCAUCUGGGCAUCAAGCCGUAUCGCUGCGAGAUUUGCCAGCGCAAGUUUACCCAGCUGUCGCACCUGCAGCAGCACAUACGCACCCAUACGGGGGAUAAGCCGUAUAAGUGCCGGCACGCCGGUUGCCCCAAGGCCUUCUCACAGCUGUCCAAUCUGCAGUCGCACUCGCGCUGCCAUCAGACGGAUAAACCGUUUAAAUGCAACUCGUGCUACAAGUGCUUUGGCGAUGAGGUAACGCUGAUGGAGCACAUACCCAAGCACAAGGAUUCGAAGCAUCUCAAGACGCACAUUUGCCAGUUGUGCGGCAAGUCCUACACGCAGGAGACAUAUCUGCAGAAGCAUCUGCAAAAGCACGCCGAGAAAGCUGAGAAACAGCAACAGCGCCACACGACGCCUGUGAGUAAUCUGCAACAGCAUGUGCCCGCCGGCGGCAUUGGUCUAAAUCUGCAGCGUCAGGCCAUGAAUGAUGCCAAUGCCGUGUAUUGGGCAAAAAUGGGUGCUGACAGCGCUGCCGCCACGCUAGCUGAGGCCAUACAACAGCAGUUGCCGCAGGCCAAUGGCAGCACGUAUGCCAACUUUGCCACACUUCAGCAACAGCAGCAGCAGCAGCAACAACAACAUGAGCUUCUGCAGCAGCAUCAUCAGCGUCUGGCUAACGGUGGCGGCGAUACGCCAGGUCAUUCUCAUAGUCCGCACGAGGAUGCUGGCGAGGAUCUGGUGCUGCGACAGACAACGCCACAGCAUCACCUCCAACAGCAGCAGCAGCAGCAGCAACACCAGCAGCAACAUGCGACGCAUUCACAUUCACCUGGUCCGGGCUCAUCUGCCUUUACGCCACUCAGCGCCACCGUUGUGCCACCGCCGUCACAUCUGCAACAGCAUCGUGCACCGCCUUCAGCAACCGCCGCCUACCUGUACCAACAGAACGCAGCCGCUGCCGCUGCCGCCUUUCCCACGCAGCUAAUCUCGCUGCAUCAGAUACGCAACUAUGCGCAUCAGCCAGGAGCUGGCCUUAUACCUAGCGAUCAUCUCGCUCUGGGCCUCAGCGCCGUGGCCAAAGAGAAGGCCCUAUAGUAUCGGGCGAAUGGCCAGAAAAGGGCAGCCAAAGGAUCAAUAGCUACGAUGACAACAAUUAGGCUAAGUUAGCCAUAAGUUAGACAUAAUUUGGCUAGAGGCUGAACUGGUCAACUCUUAAGGCUUGGUUUCUCUCCAAUCCAAUUCUUGAUGUGGCACUCUAGACAUUGAAGACUUUAGUACUACAUCGAGAAAUGAGACAGUAGAGAAACCAGGCACUGAGAGCAUGGCCAGAUCCACGCACAGCCUCCGUUUGGAGGAUGUUCUUUUCCAGACAAACUCAGGUUUUUCAAUUAGCUUUUCAUACAAUCUUCUAACUCGUAAGCAAUAUUUACAAAUGAAGACGCACAACUAAAACUUUAAGCAACUUGAAUCCUUUUCAAUUUGAGUUGUUUACAGUUUUAACUAAUAAUCUAGAUUAUAGUCUUAAGGAUUGUACAACUACCUAUAAUAUAGAGUAUGAUAGGUGCGGUACGAAGUACAGCGAUAAUUGUGUACAUAAGAUUACAAUCUUGAAAUUAUUAUUAUAUUAUUAUUAUUAAAUAACUGCUGUAAAAGUCAACGUAUCAACGUAGUUAAUACAAUCAACAAUUUGUAUCUAAACUUAUGGAUCUAUCAUUAUGUUAAGAGACAUAUUUUAUAUUUAUGCAAAAUUGUAAAAAGUAUAUCAAAUAAUAAUAAAAAA